AUAGGACAUUUUCAGGAAUUGCCUUUCCUUUUGCAGGUAGUAAUAGCACACUCAUGUCAAACUGCGCAACACUAAGUGGUGGUGUUUCCUCCUCUGGGGAAACUUCUCUGGAGACUGAAGUCAAGGCAGAGUGCAGAGGAGCAGCCGAGUGUCCUGUGGGACCCUACAAGAAUAUCUCAGUAGAAUUCGAGGUUAGUAGCUCCAACUGCGAACACCUCAUCCAGAGACUGCAUGGGGAUCAAUUUACUGGCCUCAGUCACCAUUCCAGUGGAAAGAGAAAAGACCCAGAGCAAGUGGAAAUUGCUUUGGGACCUGCCCACACUGAGAGUAAGCAGAAAAGUGACUGGAAACAUGGCUCUGUGGAAGGUCCAGGGGAGGCAGCUAUGGAGAGAAUGACAAGAGGAGAGUCAAACAAAACUGCAUGGGAUUCUGCACCAGGCAGCCCUCCCGGGAUGGUUCAGAAGCACUUCAUUCAGACACAUGCUGAAAGUAGUUUGUCACCUGAGUCUGCCAACCACUUGCUGAAUACACUGUCAGUGGGGCCUCGGGACGAGGUUGCACCUCACACACACUUAGGCAGUGGUGUCUGCUGUGGACUCAGGACACAUGCAGAUGGUGUAGGUGGAAAUACUUGGUUUGACCAAUUGCCAUCCCCUGUUCUAGAUGGCAUAUCAAUACAAACUCCCCAGGGGAUCAACAGGGAAAUAACUUUUGAGCAAAAGGAAAUGGCAUUUUUCUCAAAUCAUUCCAUUUCAAAAGACACUUCCAAAAUGAGUCUAACGGAAUCCUUCCCAGCCCAGAAUGUUGGUGCUAGCCAUUCCUGGAAUGAUGAGACACCACCUCAACCAGAACAAGAGUCCAGUGUGCUAGAGACCUAUUUUUAUUAUUUGCAUAUGUUGAACAAGAUUAGAGGUGUCUCUUCAGAAGAGAAAAAUUCCUCUUUGCCUUUCCAGGGGCAUAGCAUCUCCAAAUCAGAGCCAGUCAUCACAUCUCCAAAAGGGAAAGGCCGAUCUAAUGGGAUGAAAAUGGACAGGGGUGCCAAGGCAUGGAGACAAGGGGAUGAAAAUGAUAUUGCUAUGGAAGGCAAAGAGGACACUUGUCACCAAGGACAGGACGUCAUGCAAGAGGCAGCACUGGAAAAGGCCAAGCCUCGGACACUGCAAGGCAGCUAUGGGGUACAUCGGUUCAGAAGAAUUCCUGUUUCUUCAACUUUCUGGAAGAGCCUGAAAAGAUAAGAAGUUACUCUUUUUGAAGAUUGAGAAGAACUCACUAGUGAAUCUGCAAAAACAUGGGUUUUUAAUAUCUGGGGAAACUUUUGUUUUGUUUUGUUUUUUUGGGUCACACCCGGCGAUGCACAGGGAGUUUUCCUGGCUCAUGCAUUCAGGAAUUACUCCUGGCAGUGCUCAGGGGACCCU